GUGCUUGUGACGCGCUCUGGAAGCCCAGCGGUCGCCAUGGAGCUGUCGGGCGAGUAUGUCGGGCAGGACGGGCAGCGGCAGCAGCUGCGGGUGCCCUGUGAGGCGCCUUGCGACGCGGAGCCUUUCCAGGGCCUGUUGUCGGGAGUGGCUCAGAUGAGGGAGCUGGUGGCCGAGCUCUUCGGCCCCCUGGUACAGCGAGAGGCGCAGGACAGGGUGGCGGCGGCUCCGGACGAGGCCUUGGACGGUGAUGAUGAAGAUGAUGCAGAAGAUGAAAAUAACAUUGAUAACAGAACUAACUCAGAUGGACCAUCUGCCAAACGGCCAAAACCACCAUCUUAACAAUAGCUUUUAUGAAGUUCAAAAGACUGCUACUGUAUCUUAGUUAUCUCAUACUGACAUUUAAGGAAGAUUUGUGCUCUGAUUUGGGAAAGCAUUUGCUUUGUUCUCCUAGGACAAUUUUGUCAAAGAACUGUUUCUUCUGUUUCCAUCAGAGAAAGAGAUAAUAAAUGUUUAGAAAUAAAUCUGUUUUGAGUGAGCAAUAAGUUUCAGAUCAUGGAAAUAAAAUACAGCCUUAAUAAUGUAUAAAAUCCUCUUAGAUGGAUACUGAAUUUUUAUUGUUUUCUACUUUUUAGAUGAGAUUGGAUGCAUUCAGGGUGGUAUGGCCAUAGACUGUUUUCUACGUUUUAAUCAUUGAAUUAAGUUGUGUGAUGUGUGCAUCUUUUAGCUUCUGCUUCUGUCAUAAAAAGUACAGUCAUGGUUCACGGGCAAUAACAUCUCAAAGAACUGACAUCAGCAAGUAGCAAAAAUUGGGUAUUAAAUUUAAGGAUGGCAGUUCUGUAUAAAUGAAAGAAAAAUAGAAAUAGAAAUACUGAAGAGAAAGGAGGAACCUUGAGAGAGACCCAAGGAAACCUUGAGUCCACACUCACACCCAAUAUCUGGACAUCCAGAGAUGAUACUACACAAUCAAUAUAUAUUUAACUUGUACCUUAAAAGAACAAAAUGGGCUGUGCUUUUAUGCUGUGAUAUGUUAUAUAUAUAAACACAAAUAUCAGUGUCUAAGUAAACAAUCUGUGUUAACUAUAACUUAGAUAUCUUCUCUCAUCCUGUAGCCAUACUGUGAUUUUGCUUAACAAAGGACUAUUGAAUCCUUUAAAAUAUAUAUUCCGAAAAUGUG